GCAAGGAGUGAGCAACAGCGUAAGAGGGGGCAAUUAAGAGAGGGGGGCAACAAGGAGGGCGCAGCAGGAGGUGAUCAGGGCGCACGGGGAGCGCAGUUAGCACCACGGGGGAGGUCAAUAAGGGAUCAAUAAGCAGCAUUUUGUGAGGCAGCAUGAUGUCUCCGGCGGCUCAGCCCUCCUCUCCAGCAUGUCAUGUCUCACUGCCUGGCAGAUCAGCAGAGGAGGCGCAGUGCGAGCAGCUGUGAACCUGGGAAAGGGAAGGCAGGAGCCGCUGCAGCCCGGAGAGCGCUAACCCCGGCGCAUAGGAGCGGGGCAAGGAGGCGCAACCACGGGGCAGCCUGGGGACACCAUGCCGGCCAUCAAGAAGGAAAGACCGGAUCGCGAGGAGCUGGCGCUGGCAGCCUUUAACCAACCCAUGGACACUAUCCCCGGAUACCUGACCGCUGCCAUCCCAGUGGUGACCCCGCAUCCUCCAGCCUACGAACACCUAUUUGCCACCCAUGCCCACCGGGCAUACCUGGGCUUACAUGAGCCCCACCACCCGCCUCUGCCUGAUGACCUCAUGCUGGAGAGGUUCUCCUCCAUCCCGGACUUCCAGCCCCUCUUUGAUCAGGGGGAGCCGUGCAUAGAGGUGGAGUGCGGAGAGAACAAGGCACUGCUCUACAUCCAGAAGUUGUGCCAGGGCAGUAAGGGGCCCUCCAUCCGCUACCGGGGAGAGUGGCUCACCCCCAAUGAGUUCCAGUUUGUCAGCGGACGGGAGACGGCCAAGGACUGGAAGCGGAGCAUCAGGCACAAAGGGAAAAGUCUGAAGACUCUUAUGUCAAAAGGAAUCUUACAGGUACAUCCUCCAAUCUGUGAUUGCCCUGGGUGUCGAAUUUCGUCUCCAGUGAAUCGGGGACGACUAGCAGAGAAAAGAACUAUCCCACUUCCACCUAGUAGGAUACCAAAAAAGGAACCCUGCUCUGUGUUCUCUCCAGGGGAGGAGAAUCCCAAAGGCAAUGGAGAAAUCCAGUCUGUAAAGCUGGAAGAGGAUCUGCACAUCAGUAUCAUGAAAAGAAGGAUACGAGCACAUUGGGAUCUAAACAUCUCCUUCCAAGAAACCUCUUGCAGCCGUGAGAACGACCUUUCCAGCAUCAUCUCCAACCUUCAACAGAGCCACCAACUCGUAAUGCCCGAGAAUCAGAGUAAGAGAAAUAGCCAUCAUCUCAGUUUUACAUCUACAGAUGACUUUUUAGGCAAGAAGCGAGAAUGCUCUCCCAACAGUAACAGCGAGUGCCCACUGGAAAGCAAGAAAGCCAGAAGCGAGUCACCGAAGGAAAACUCCCAGACUCCUUUGCUGGAGGAGCCAUUGGCUCAAAUGACUCCUGAGGAGCACUAUAGACGUAUGAUGUCGGCACUCAAUGAGCAUGGCAGCUUUGAGGAGCAGCAGCAGCGGCUGUACCAACUGGCCAACUCCAUGGCAGUACCUACCCACAGCGAUCUGCUCCGGGCACGACAAGAAGUGGCAGCUGCUGUGGUGCGAAACCCAGGAGCGAUGGAAGCUCACAUACCCACCUCCAGUAACUCCUCCAGCCAGAGGAGAAAGCAAGGCCUGCCGCAGCAUCGGGACACCUCCCACUUCACCGACAGGGAGAUGUCUCACCCGCCUCCGCUGCUGUCUCCUCAAAAUGCCCCUCACAUUGCCUUGGGGCCCCACUUGAGACCACCAUUUCUCGGGGUGCCAUCUGCCUUGUGUCAGAGUCCAGGUUAUGGUUUCUUGCAACCAGCCCAAGCUGAGAUGUUUGCACGACAGCAGGAAAUUCUACGGAAGCAGAACCUAGCCAGACUUGAAAUGUCGGCAGAAAUUAUACGCCAAAAGGAGCUGGAGAACCUACACAGGCAGCGGCUUUUAGCUGGUGAUCCGCUGACACUUCACCCGGGUUUACCCCCUGACCACCCUGCACUGCGCAACAUGCAUGAGCUCCCCGAGGGUCACCCUUUAAGAGAGGAACUUAACAGAAGGAAUGCAAUGCUUGUCUUAAGACACAAUAACACCCCACUACUCUCCCUAAAUCAUCAGGGGCUCCCUAGUGUGCCCCCUCCCAAGGAAUCCCAAAGUGCAAGAAGGACAAGUCGAAAGUCUGCUCAUCACCGGAUGGAGCCUCAAGGAAACCAUAGUGAAGCCAAGGAACUUUUGGAUCAGCGUAUAAGGGAGGGGGCAUCUGAUGGAAAUGAUGAGGAGAUGAAAGAUUCAGAGAGUGAGGCAGAGGAGAAGACAGACAGUCUUAGAGCUGACCGUGCUGCCUCCUCCUCCUCCCAUGAACUGCAAGAGGGUAAAGAUCCUCUCAAAGGAGGAGAGUCUCUAAAAGAGUCCAGUGACUCACACACCCACCAAAGCCUGUCAUGUGGUCCAUCAGAGUCACCUACUCAUCUUUUGGGACCAGGAAUCAACAAAGGAGAUGCAAAAUAUUUGCCUUCCAGCUCAGUGCCUCCACCUCAGCCAUUUCCCUUUGGUUUUCCCUAUGCUGUUAACCCUUAUUUCCACACAGGUGCCAUGGGGGGGCUCUUCCUGGAUGGAGAGGAGAGUGUGGUGCUGGAGGACCUCAGCAAGUGGACAGUGGAAGACGUCUGCAGCUUUGUAGGCAGUCUGUCUGGCUGUGCUGAAUACACACAGGUUUUCCGGGAGCACUGUAUAGAUGGGGAGACCUUGCCUUUAUUGACAGAAGAGCACUUAUUGAAUAACAUGGGUCUUAAGCUUGGCCCGGCACUAAAGAUCAGAGCACAGGUUGCCAGAAGAAUUGGACGAGUCCUUUACAUGGCGAGUUUUCCAGUGGCAUUUCCCCUACAGCACCCGAGCCUCCGACCAUCAGACAGAGAACUGACAAGUAGCGAAAUCAGACCGCCCUCUACUGGCAGUGCUGGAUCUCCCUUCCCCAAUGCACUCCUUCCCCCAAGCCGCAUUUCACCGAAACAUGAGAAUGGCAAUACAACAUACUUAAAUGAACCUGCUAAGUCUCUCUCUUAACUGUGCCCUGUCAUAUAGCGGGAACCUACUUUAACCUUUGUGUUGCGGAAGCCGGAGCUUUGAACCAGAAGGGAUCCAUUUCUUCUGGGUAGCUGCUAUCCCUUCAGCUGCUUGAGAGACUAAAUAACUGAGAGGGUUUGCAUACAGUGUAAAGAAAAAAAGAAAACAAAAAAGAAAAAAAAAUGAAUAAUGGAAAACCCCUGCACCUUCAAUGGGUGAAACAGAUUAAAUAUAUGUAUGUAUAUAUUUUUAUUUUCCAUUGACACCUUUGUAAAGCGAUCAAGAGAGAUUGUCGGACAACCAUAUUCCAGCAAUAACUGGAAGUUUGCAGAAGAUUAAAGGAGAAGGAUGAGCAUAACAAAACUAGGGGUGAUGGAACAAGCGAGACACGCACCGUCCUAUCCAGCCAUACCGAAUCUGUUACUGCAGCCACAGGAGGUGGCAUCGUACCCACGUGCGGGGGUGCAACCAAAAGAUAGCGGAAAAAUAAAGGCAUUAAAACGUAUUGUAGGACAAAAGCCAACGAUCCCGUCUCUCACGAAAGGCUUUUAAUGUGUAGGUGUCUGUCUCUUUGUCCGCCUCGCCCCGCUUUCCUAUGCAUCUCCAGCGACUUAAUAUUGUACCAAAGAAUAACCGCGCUGCUGCCUCGCUCCUGGCUGGCGUCGGUACAUUGCUGGAAUUGGGUUCUCUUUUAGUCUAUACUGCACCUUUAGUUUAUAACCCACCCUCGAUAUCCUGAAUAGAUUAGUGUCCCACGUGGUCUGCCUUGGUUUAUUUUGCUUCAGCGAAGGAGUGGCACAAGGGGCAUCGACAUAUUCUUCAUCUGCUUUGGACAAUCCUCAAACAGCCCCUUGGUCGCCAGUCCCAUAAUGGACAGCAAGGACUUGGCAGUAAGUGACUGUCAUGGACUCUGGGGUGGGACUGCUGAACUACUGCAAAUGGACAGAAAUGCCAUGUUACCCUAUAGUUCUGUCAUGGGUACCCUGUGAUACAGGCUGAUAUGGUACGCGCCCGUGUGUGUGAGGUUUUUUUCGUUUUUGUUUUUUUUUUCUUCUAUUUUUUUUCUUUUUAUUUCUAAGGGUUUGUUUUGUUUACAUGUUUUGACGUCAUCUAUUCAUGCUCAUCCACAGAUUAUGUUCAUUUCUAUCGGAAAAACAGAUGAAUUGUAGAUCAGCGGUACAGUUAGCAAAUUUUUAUUUUUUUUUGUUAUUAAAACUCAGACCUUAACAGAUCACCAGAGUAUGCUGCAUAGCAGCAACGUCAAAUAAAUGAAAAAUGAUACAAGCCACUCGUGUGCGUUUUUAUAUGUCUCUUUCCGUGCUGUGAUAUUCUAGCAGGCCUAGACCUGGCUCACAAAUGGUAGGAGCCAGCAAUAAAACACCUUGAAAAGUUACCUCAAGUUAUACGGCUAAAUUAGCGCUUGGCGGAAAUGCUAACCAUUGUAGCUGUGGAUUUGUGCUCCAGAAUGGAUGAUAUGGUAGAAAUCUCCACAUGUUGAAGACAUUUUCCACAUGGAAAUAUGAGCUAGCUGCAGAUUUGACGGCCGGCAGCAUUCUGUUGUGGAUUUUCCCUGCAGAGUUCAUUGCUGUCAGUGUAGCAGGGGGUUCUUACGGCAGUGGUCUCCUAACUGUGGACCUCCAGAUGUUGAAAAUCUACAACUCCCAGCAUGCUCCGACAGACUACUGUCUACUAAAAGACCUAACUUCAUUAUUGGUGUCACCAUAAAGAAAGUUAUAGGGGGA